UGUGGUUAGCUUCUUGAUAACCUCCGCUCUGGCUGAUUUGCUUAAUCUGGAGCCAUUUACCUGCAAGUCCUUGGAGAUGGAUUCCGUGUUGCUACCCUGUAAACCUGCAGUUAGGCAACACUACCAUCCUGGAAAUGAACCCUUGAUCACGUUAUUCUAGAGACAGAAAUCGCAGCAGUAAGAUGGCUGCUCUCCCAGGAAUAGUAUCUUAUUUCUGUGAAUUUCUUAUUUCGGUUAAUGCAGUUUUAUUUCCAGACUGUUGAGUCGGGCAGGUUUUCGGUACCCCCGAGCUCUGUGUGCGUGGGGCAGGGGCGCACGGAGGCUGCGCGGCCGCGGAGCCGCCCCCGAGCCGCGCCGGGAGCGGGAGGAUAAGAGUGGCUGCCACAAUGAUAGCUACCUUGCUUUGCAACAUGAUAUUUCUGCUGGCAUUUGGAUUGGCUUCAGCUUUUAGCCACAGCCCUAGGACACCUGACAGGGUUACUGAAGCAGAUAUCCAGAGGCUGCUCCAUGGGGUUAUGGAGCAAUUGGGCAUUGCCAGACCCCGGGUAGAAUAUCCAGCACACCAGGCUACAAAUCUUGUUGGUCCACAAAGCAUUGAAGGUGGGGCACAUGAGGGUCUCCAGCACUUGGGUCCUUAUGGCAAUAUCCCAAACAUCGUGGCUGAACUGACAGGAGAUAAUGUACCAAAGGAUUUCAGUGAAGAUCAAGGAUAUCCUGACCCUCCAAAUCCCUGCCCUAUUGGAAAAACAGUUGACGAUGGGUGUCUAGAAAACACCCCAGACACAGCAGAGUUCAGCAGGGAAUACCAACUGCACCAACACCUUUUUGACCCAGAGCAUGACUAUCCCAACAGGGGCAAGUGGAGCAAGAGUUUACUCUUUGAGAAAAUCAAUGGUGGUCCAAAAAGAAGAAAGAGGAAUGUGAACCCAUAUCUGCAAGGACAGCGACUGGAUAAUGUUGUAGCAAAGAAGUCUGUUCCACAAUUUUCAGAUGAAGACAAAGGUCCUAACUAAGUACAAUAAAAAUGAAAGAUAAAAACUCAUGCCAUCCUCUUCUAGAUCAUGAUAUUGCUCAUAUAUAAUCAUCUAUUAAAAUCCUUGUGAAUGGCAGCAUGCUUAUUAUUUAUAUAAUUGUAGAUGCAAACCAGCUGUAUUUAUAACAGCAUGUUCUCCUAGAUGAUAAAAGUAUGGUUUUGCUUUUUCUUAAGUUAUGGUAAAAGGAUAUUUCUGUUGUUUUUAUUUUAGUCAUGGUGCAAACUUUAAAAUGUUAGUCAUUUUGAUAGCUAAUGUGAGGUAAAUGGUCUUAAUGAGAAGCUUGUAAAUAGGAAGAUGAAAAAAGAUGCCAAGACUGACUCCAACAUUUAAUCUUAAAUGUUACUAUGUUUGACACAUGAAAAUUAUAGUUUUAUGUUUUGUUCACAAAUAUUGUUACUUAGCAAAGACAAAGUAUUUAUUUUACGCAGAGAAUUUUGGCUUUUGGUCCAUUUUAAUAAACAUUUAAGCAAUCUACAAGGUUUGCAAAGUGACAUUUUCCAAAAUCUUUCAGAGACUCGUUUGUCUCUGUUAUUGCUGUGCAAAUUUAAAAAUUAAAGAACUGCUUUUUGACUGUAUUCACUGGAAUGUUUUUCUGUUAGUUUUAGUCAUUCCAGCUCGCAGCUUUCCCGAACACUCGAACAUCUUCCUUCAUUAUCAAUGGAACUGUUAUGUGAAAAUUAAUCUCCCCUGCUGUUCUUUGUCUUAUUAACUGCAGCAUUUGUGCAUUAUAGUGUUGUUAAAUUAUAAGUAAAGAUGGAGACAUUUGUCUGUGUUAAUAAGGCUGUGUCAACAACCUCUGAAUCUAAAUCCAGGAUAUGAAGGUCAUUAUAGUUGAUCUUCUGAAAAAAAUAUGCUCCUCUAAUAACACUGGUAGCUAUCACUGCUCUUGAAGUUGUUCUGGGAAGCUUAAAUUUAAAUUGCCUUCUUGCCCUUAGGAGAUUGAAGAACUUUAUAUUCCAAGGUUCUCCCUUUCUGAAAGAUGAGAAUACACCUGAAUAUUCAAGCCAUGUGAAUGGAGCACUGGAAUUAGCUUACAGCUAAUAUUACAAAUCUGUGGGGAAAAAAGGUAGUUUCCCAUUCUAUAGAAAGACAGUAAAAUAAUGAUGACUUCUUAGAAAAAAGAAAGACAAGAAAUUAAGGUUCCUAGCAGCAUAAAGUUAACAGGAUGGCACAAAUAUGACUAUUAAUGGCAUUUGGUUUUUUUGUCCCACCACACAGUAAUUUGUAAUAAAUUAUGUAU